UUAUAUCUGUAACUAAACUGUUUUAUUUUCCCGUUUAUAGCCUGUACAGUACACUCUUGGCUCAUAAAAAACUACAUAUAAGAAAUUUUGCUGCUGAAAGCUUUACUUUUUUGAUGAGAAAGGUCUCUGAUAAAAAUGCACUUUUCAAUUUAAUGUUUCUUGAUCUUAAUGAACAUCCAGAAAAGGUGGAAGGAGUUGGACAGCUGCUCUUUGAAAUGUGCAAAGGAGUUAGAAAUAUGUUUCACUCCUGUACAGGCCAGGCAAUGAAGCUAAUUUUGCAAAAACUAGGACCAGUUACUGAAACAGAAACUCAACUCCCGUGGAUUUUAAUUGGAGAAACACUCAAACACAUGGCUAAAUCUUCUGUAGUCUACAUUUACAAGGAGCAUUUUGGCACACUUUUUGACUGUUUGCAAGAAUCACUCCUGGGCCUAUGUAACAAAGUAACAAAAACAAACUGUUGUGAAGGUUCUGAGCAGAUGAAAACUUUGCUAGAAACCUAUCUGAUACUUGUGAAACAUGGAAAUGGAUCCAAGAUAACCAAACCUGCUGAUGUUUGUGAGGUGUUGUCUCAAGUAUUACAAACAGCCCAUCUCUCCACAUUUUGCCACAAGACACUGUUGGAUGUAAUUUCUGCUUUGAUCCUAAAUGAAAAUGUCUCCUUGCCAGAGAGCCUCAUCAAAGAAACCAUAGAAAAAAUUUUUGAGAGCACAUUUGAAAGACGUAUAAUUUUUGAUUUUUCUGAAGUUAUGUUUGCUAUGGAGCAGUUUGAGCAGCUUUUUCUACCAAGCUUUCUCUCAUACACUGAGAAUUGCUUAUUGAUUGGUGACACUGUGGUCAAAGAAGAAGCACUGGCCAUUUUGGCCAAGCUUAUUCUGAACAAGGCAGCCCCUCCCACUGCUGGCUCCAUGACGAUUGAAAAGUUCCCUCUGGCUUUCUCACAGCAGACAGUGGGAUCCUACUUAAGGCAGAGGAAGACGAGAUCCGAGGGAAGAAGGGAACAGUUUUCAGUAUUGGAUCAUCUCUUAACUAUAAUUCAGUUACCCCCAAACAAAGAUACAACUUACCUUUCACAUUCUUGGGCAGCCCUUGUAGUGUUACCUCAUAUUAGGCCUCUUGAGAAAGAGAAGGUGACACCACUAGUGACGUGCUUCAUAGAGUCACUCUUCAUGGCUGUUGACAGAGGGAGUUUUGGAAAAGGAGUCUUGUUUGUUCUUUGCCAAGCUGUAAAUACUCUGCUAAGUUUGGAAGAGUCUUCUGAACUUCUUCAUUUGGUUCCUGUGGAACGUGUAAAGAACUUAGUAUUAACAUUUCCAUGGGAGCCAUCUGUGUUGCUGUUGGCUGAUCUCUAUUAUCACAGAUUAUCCCUCUGUGGCUGCAAAAGGCUGCUUUCUCAGGAAGCUUUAAUGGAAUUAUUUCCCAAGUUACAAGCAAACAUUUCGACUGGCGUAUCCAAGAUUCGGCUUUUGACAAUAAGGAUCCUAAACCAUUUUGACAUUUGGCUUCCAGAAUCGAUGGAGGGUGAUAGGCUGACAGAGCGGCAGUCCACCUUUGCUAUCCUACGCCAGGCAGAACUUGUUCCAGCAACUGUGAGUGAUUACAGAGAGAAGCUUCUUCACUUGAGAAAACUGAGGCACGAUGUGGUGCAGACCGCAGUCCCUCCUGGGCCCUUACAAGAGGUGCCACUUCGUUAUUUGUUAGGCAUGUUAUAUGUCAAUUUCAGUGCUCUCUGGGACCCUGUUAUUGAACUCAUAAGUUCUCAUGCCCAUGAAAUGGAAAAUAAGCAAUUUUGGAAAGUCUACUAUGAACAUCUAGAAAAAGCAGCUACACAUGCUGAGAAAGAACUGCAAAAUGAUACACGAGAUGAGGAGAAGUCCACAGGGGAUGCAAGUUGGGAGCAGGUCCAGAAAGCAGGUGUUGGAGCUCUCUAUCAGGAGCAGUUAGCAUUGAAAACUGACUGUCGGGAAAUGGACCAUACCAACUUUCGAUUUUUGCUCUGGCGAGCUCUGGCAAAAUUCCCAGAGAGUGUUGAGCCACGAUCCAGGGAGCUUUCUCCACUUUUCUUGAGAUUUAUCAACAAUGAGUACUACCCAGCAGAUCUACAAGUAGCUCCAACACAGGAUCUGCGGAGAAAAAGCAGAGGGAUGGUGGCAGAGGAAAUAGAAGAGGAACCUGCUGCUGAGUUUGAUGAAGAAUUGGAGGAAGAGACUGUGCCUCCAGAUGACCGUCCACAGAAGAAAAAGACAAGGAGAGCUGCAGCAAAGCAGUUAAUUGCUCAUUUGCAAGUUUUCUCUAAAUUUUCAAACCCCCGGGCCUUAUAUCUGGAAUCCAAAUUAUAUGAGUUGUAUCUUCAGUUGUUGCUACACCAAGAUCAAAUGGUACAAAAAAUAACAUUGGAUUGCAUAAUGACAUACAAACAUCCUCAUAUCCUUCCUUACAGGGAAAGCUUACAAAGGUUACUUGAGGACAGAAGCUUUAAAGAAGAAAUAGUGCAUUUUAGCAUUUCAGAAGAUAAUACUGUAGUGAAACCAGCCCACCGAGCAGAUUUGUUUCCUAUUCUGAUGAGAAUUUUGUAUGGGAGAAUGAAGAAUAAGACUGGGAGUAAAACUCAGGGGAAAUCUGCUUCUGGCACACGCAUGGCCAUUGUUCUGCGUUUCCUGGCUGGGACCCAACCCGAGGAGAUCCAGAUAUUCUUAGACCUGUUGUCUGAACCUGUGAAACACUUCAAGAAUGGAGAGUGCCAUUCUGCAGUUAUUCAAGCAAUGGACAGUUUGGAUCUCUCUAAAGUUCUUCCUCUGGGUCGUCAGCAUGGCAUCCUAAAUAGCCUGGAAAUAGUACUGAAGAACAUUAGUCAUCUGAUCAGUGAAUACUUACCAAAAAUUUUGCAGAUACUACUCUGUAUGACAGCAACCGUAUCACACAUCCUUGACCAACGAGAAAAGGUACAGCUGAGGUUUAUUAACCCCCUGAAAAAUUUAAGACGUCUUGGAAUCAAAAUGAUAACUGAUAUCUUUGUGGAUUGGGAAUCCCAUCAGUUUAGAACAGAAGAAAUUGAUGCUGUGUUUCAUGGUGCAGUUUGGCCUCAGAUCUGCAGGCUUGGAUCUGAGAGUCAAUACUCACCUACUCCUCUGCUGAAGCUAAUUAGUAUCUGGAGCAGAAAUGCGAGGUAUUUCCCUUUUCUGGCUAAACAGAAACCUGGGCAUCCAGAAUGUGAUAUCCUGACCAAUGUCUUUGCAAUUCUCUCAGCAAAGCAUCUCUCUGAUGCCACAGCCAGUAUUGUGAUGGAUAUAGUGGAUGACCUUCUUACCCUUCCAGAUUUUGAACCCACAGGAACAGUGUCAAGUUUGCCAGUGACUGGAUGCGUAUACACUGACAUAGCACAGAACACAGAGGAGCCUAUCACUAUGGGAGGAAGAUUAAUUCUACCUCAUGUACCUGCAAUUCUUCAGUAUCUCAGCAAAAGCACAAUGAGUACAGAAAAAGUGAAAAAGAAAAAGAACAGGACACAAGUUAGUAAGGAACUUGGCAUUCUUUCAAAGAUCAGCAAGUUUAUGAAAGACAAAGAACAAAGUUCUCUGCUCAUUACACUUCUCCUUGCAUUUCUUCACCGUGGCAAUAUUGCUCAGGAUACAGAGGUUGAUAUUCUGGUGACAGUGCAAAACCUAUUACAACAUUGUCUGGAUCCUACAAGCUUUCUCAAGCCUCUAGCCAAACUCUUUUCCAUUAUUAAUAACAAGUUGUCAAGACAGUUGCUUUGUACAGUUUUCCAGAGUCUUUCUGAUUUUGAGAGUGGACUCAGAUAUAUUACAGACACUGUCAAGCUUAAUGCCUUUGAUCAAAGACACCUCGAUGAUAUCAACUUUGACGUCCGCUUCGCAGCAUUCCAGACCAUCACUUCCCAUAUCAAAGAAAUGCAAACUGUGGAUGCUAACUACCUGAUUCCGGUUAUGCAUAAUUGUUUCUAUAAUAUGGAGUUAGGAGAUAUGUCUUUAAGUGACAAUGCCAGCAUGUGCUUAAUGAGUAUCAUCAAAAAGCUAGCUGUCUUGAACAUCACAGAGAAAGAAUAUAGGGAAAUCAUUCAUCGUUCACUCCUGGAGAAACUGAGGAAAGGGUUGAAGAGCCAGACAGAGAGUGUUCAACAGGAUUAUACCAUGGUACUUUCCUGUUUGAUUCAAACCUUUCCAAAUCAACUGGAAUUUAAAGACUUGGUGCAGCUUACUCAUCAACAUGAUCCAGAAAUGGACUUCUUUGAGAACAUGAAGCAUAUCCAGAUUCACAGACGAGCAAGAGCCUUAAAGAAACUGGCAAAACAGCUCCUGGAAGGCACAGUUGUGCUGUCUUCUAAAUCUCUUCAGAAUUACAUCAUGCCUUAUGCCAUGACUCCAAUUUUCGAUGAGAAAAUGCUCAAGCAUGAAAAUAUAACCAUUGCUGCAACUGAGGUUAUUGGAGCUAUUUGCAGACAUCUCUCUUGGCCAGCAUAUGUAUAUUACUUGAAACAUUUUAUUCAUGUCCUACAGACAGGACAAAUCAAUCAAAAGCUGGGUGUCAGUUUGCUAGUAAUAGUAUUGGAUGCGUUCCAUUUUGACCACAGAGCUCUUGAAGGACAAAUGGGACAUGUUCAGAAUGAAGAAAAUACAGUGGAAAUGGUGGAGCUGCUGGAGCAUGAAGCCAUGGAAUUAGAGCACGUAGAGGAGGAAGAGAAGGAAAAUACAUGUAAGGUAUCAGACAGCGAGGAGGCUCUGGGAACCUGUGAACCAGCUGACUCAGAUGACACAGUGGCUAAGGAAUCCACGCCAUGCAUCGCAAAGUCUAUCUCUUUCCUUCCUCAAAAUAAGGAAGAGCUGGAGAGAACAAUUAAAACUAUCCAAGGAACCAUAACUGGGGAUAUCCUCCCCAGGCUGCAUAAGUGCCUCACAUCUAUGACUAAAAGGGAAGAGGAACACAAGCUUGUUAAAUCAAAAGUUGUGAAUGAUGAGGAAGUGGUUCGAGUUCCUUUAGCCUUUGCCAUGGUUAAAUUGAUGCAUUCCCUUCCACAAGAGGUGAUGGAGACGAAUCUGCCAAGUAUUUUGCUGAAAGUGUGUGCUCUCCUCAAGAACAGAGCACAGGAAAUCAGAGACAUUGCUCGCAGUACUCUCGCAAAAAUAAUAGAGGAUCUGGGUGUGCACUUCCUGCAGUAUGUUUUAAAAGAAUUACAAACUACCCUUGUCCGUGGAUAUCAGGUCCAUGUGCUGACCUUCACUGUUCACAUGCUGCUGCAGGGCCUCACCAGCAAGCUGCAAGUUGGAGAUUUGGACCCUUGUUUAGAUAUAAUGAUUGAGAUCUUUAACCACGAAUUGUUUGGUGCCCUUGCUGAAGAGAAGGAAGUAAAGCAGAUCCUCUCCAAAGUCAUGGAGGCACGAAGAAGCAAGAGUUAUGAUUCUUAUGAAAUCCUGGGCAAGUUUGUAGGAAAAGAUCAGGUUACAAAACUUAUUCUUCCAUUAAAAGAGAUCCUACAGAAUACCACGAGUUUAAAACUGGCCCGGAAAGUUCAUGAAACCUUACGCCGAAUUAUAGCAGGAUUAAUUGUAAAUCCAGAAAUGAUGGCAGAAUCCAUUCUAUUGCUCAGUUAUGGUUUGGUCAGUGAAAAUCUACCACUGUUAACAGAGAAAGAAAAAAACCCAGCAGCCCCUGCACAUGAUCCACGUCUACCACCCCAAAGCUGCCUUCUGCUUCCCCCAACUCCAGUUCGAGGUGGACCAAAGGCUGUUGUGAGCAGGAAAACGAACAUGCACAUAUUUAUUGAGUCUGGGCUUAGGCUGCUGCAUCUGAGUCUGAAGACUUCUAAGAUCAAUUCUUCAAGUGAACAUGUUCUGGAAAUGUUGGAUCCUUUUGUGUUUGUCCUCAUAGACUGCCUGCGUUCCAUGGACGUGAAAGUGAUCACAGGUGCUUUGCAAUGCCUGAUUUGGAUUUUGAGGUUCCCUCUGCCUUCCAUAGAAAAAAAAGCAGGACAGCUGACGAAACACCUUUUCCUUUUGCUGAAGAACUACGCAAGACUGGGGGCUGCUAGGGGCCAGAACUUCCAUCUGGUAGUGAAUUGUUUCAAGUGUGUGACUGUAGUUGUAAAGAAACUCAAGUCUUACCAGAUAACUGAAAAACAGCUUCAAGUUCUCCUGGCAUAUGCUGAGGAAGACAUUUAUGAUACUUCACGACAAGCCACUGCAUUUGGCCUUCUGAAGGCUAUUUUAUCAAGGAAAUUAUUGGUCCCAGAAAUAGAUGAUGUCAUGCGGAAAGUAUCCCAGUUGGCAAUUUCUGCACAGAGCGAACCUGCCAGAGUCCAGUGCAGACAGGUUUUUCUGAAAUACAUUCUUGACUAUCCCCUUGGAGAGAAAUUGAGACCAAACUUGGAAUUCAUACUUGCUCAACUGAAUUAUGAGCAUGAGACUGGGAGAGAGUCCACCUUGGAAAUGAUUGCCUAUCUCUGUGACACAUUCCCCCAGGGACUGCUCCAUGAGAACUGUGGAAUGUUCUUCAUCCCUCUUUGUCUAAUGAUGGUAAAUGAUGACUCUGCCAUGUGCAAAAAAAUGGCAUCCAUGGCAAUCAAAUCCUUGCUCAGUAAGAUCAGCCUUGAGAAAAAAGAUUGGCUUUUUGAUAUGGUUAUCUCCUGGUUUGAAGCAAAAAAGAGAUUAAAUAGACAACUUGCUGCCCUGAUCUGUGGCUUGUUUGUGGAAAGUGAAGGAGUUGAUUUUGAGAGAAGACUUGGAACUCUUCUUCCUGUAGUUGAAAAAGAAAUUGAUCCUGAAAACUUUGAAGAUAUCAUGGAGGAGACUGAGGAGAAGGCUGCAGACCGCCUGCUGUUUAGUUUUCUCACACUCAUCGGUAAACUCAUGAAGGAAUGUAAUUUCAUCCAGUUUACCAAGCCUUCUGAUACUUUGAAUAAAAUCUGGAGUCACGUGCACUCUCACCUGAGACAUCCACACAACUGGGUGUGGCUCACUGCAGCCCAGAUUUUUGGGCUGCUCUUUGCCUCUUGCCAACCAGAAGAGCUUGUUAGAAAAUGGAAUGCCAAAAAGACAAAAAAGAAACUCUCAGAGCCUAUAGCAGUCCAGUUCCUAACAAGUGACCUUGACCAAAAGAUGAAAAGUAUCUCUCUAGCCUCUUGCCAUCAAUUGCAUUCCAAAUUUUUGGAUCAAUCUUCAGGCGAGCAGGUUAUUAAGAAUUUAUUAUUCGUAGCAAAAGUCUUAUAUUUACUAGAACAUGAUUCCAAGGAUAAGCAAGGCGAGAUAAAAGCCUCUGAAGAACAGGAAGCUUUAAAAGAUUGUGUGGCUAGAGAAGCAUUAGAAGAACACAAAGCCUGCGUAGAUGGAGAGGCGGGGUCUGACAGAGAAGAAAAGGAAGAGCCCAGCAAGCCAGCCACACUGCUCUGGCUGAUCCAGAAGUUGUCCUGGAUGGCAAAACGGGAAGCUGCUUAUUCACCUAGAAUUCCUUUAAAGAGGACAUGCAUCUUUAAGUUCCUCGGUGCUGCAGCAGUGGAUCUUGGGGUGGACAAGGUCAAGCCGUACCUCCCAGUGAUCAUCGCUCCUCUGUUUCGAGAACUGAACAGCACCUACGCAGAGCAAGAUCCUCUGCUGAAGAAUCUAUCCCAGGAAAUCAUAGAAUUACUUAAAAAGCUGGUUGGCCUUGAGAGUUUCUCAUUAGCCUUUGCCUCUGUACAGAAGCAGGCUAGUGAGAAAAGGGCACGCCGGAAAAAGAGGAAGGCUCUGGAGUUUGUAACUAAUCCUGAUAUUGCUGCCAAGAAAAAGUUGAAGAAGCAUAAAAAUAAAAGUGAAGCGAAGAAGAGAAAGAUAGCAUUCCUGCGUCCCGGCUAUAAGGCCAAGAGACAAAAAACCCACAGCCUGAAAGAUUUAGCAAUAGUGGAGUAAGGUCUUCCUGUGCUGAUUGUCUCAACUGGCUCCAAAGCGUGAACUUUCUGGUGUAUUCUACCAGACUGGACUCACAGUAGAUUGUAUUUAAGUCAAACUUUGGCCCAGAUUGUGUAAUAUAUAGUUUAAUGUAAUCAU